AUGGACCACGAGAGCCUGCGAACGGCGUCUACAUACCUGAACAACCUGCUGCUGGCCAGAGGACUACUACGAAACAGCGAACCCAUCGACUUUGUCAAACCGUCAAAGGAGAGUCGUGCCCAGAUCAUCAACCUCGUCCACGAUCUCAUACUACGCGAAGACCGCGACAAGGAACAACGAGAGCAUGUCGCGCAUACCGUGCGGCAAUUACGCGCCGACGAUGCACGAAAACAACACGACAUCGAGCGGCUCAACACUAAGAGCGAGGAGGCAACAAGAGCAGCGGUUCAGGCCCAAGCAGCGGAGCGUGUAGCGCGUGCAGAGGUCAAGAAGGUUGAGAAGACGAUGAAAUCACUGCAGGACCAAGCAGCAAAGCUCAAGACAACUCUCGCGCAGGUGAAGACACAAUGCGCCAACGAUGUGCGGAAGCGCGAUCUGGAGCUGGCGCGAUUGCAGACACACCUGCAAGGGCAGCAACGAGGAAACAGGUCUGCAAUGACUGCGCCGAGUAUGACCGUGCGAAGAACGACUGCGAAUACGCAAGGACAGGACUUGAAUGAUCCUGAGUACAGUCUCAAGCAGGAAACGACCGACUUCUUGACCCAGCUCAGCCAAAGUCUCAGUGACGAGAACGACGGCUUGAUCGGCUUGAUACGAACGGCGCUGGGGACCAUGAAAGAGCUGCUUGGUCUGCCUGCCAAUGCUAGGAGAGUUGACAGCGCGAACGGCAGUAUGGGCGACCAGGAGCCACCAAGUGGCAAGCACGCGAAUAGCAUGCUGCAAGCACUGCCUACCUCAUACGAGACUCUAGCGACAGACCUGGAAUCAACUUUGACGCAUCUCAAGUCAAUUCUGACGAAUCCAAACUUCGUUUCGAUGGAAGAGGUCGAGGUCCGAGAAGAGGAGAUAGCACGAUUACGAGAGGGCUGGGAGCACAUGGAGAAGCGAUGUCUGGACAUGCUGGUCUUGAUGCAAGGCUGGCUAAAGCGGAUGAAUACGGGCGACACAAUCAAAAUCGAUGACCUGCGGAGAGGGAUGGGCUUCCUGUCUCCUGGCAGAGAACAGCCGGGUCAUCUUUCACGAUCGGACUUGACAGAUCAGAGCUCCGUGGAGAGCGAGUCGAGUGAAAUCAGAUUGCCUGACAUUGACGAGGUCACGGAGCCAAGUAUUGCAAUACCUUCGCCAGCCCAGAAGUCAUUCCAGCCUCGGACUAGUGACAAGAGGAAGCGCGAUGUUCUGGAGCCACCAUCGUUCUUCGACUUGAGGCCUUCCAGCGACGCGAGUCGCUCUCUCCCGCCAUCUCCACCGAAGCACAGAAGUCAUGCGUCAGACCCAGAGCCGGUCGAAAGCGGCAGUGCACGAGCGAAAGCUCUGCUGCAGGACGAUGACGGUGAUAGUUCAGAGCUCGAAAUCCCGCAGAUGACUGUAGCAGAGAAGCUAAGCGCCGCUCAAGAAGAGGCCGAGCAAGCUGCAGCUGCAGCACGCGAGAGUGGACCCAAAGCGUCCAGACGAGCUCAACUGCCGGACUACGGUUUAGAUGGCAGUCUGGACGAACUCGCACAUGACAAGCGAGACGACGGUGAUACAUUGGGAAAGAUGCUUAGUCCCAUGAGCAAACGAACGAGGAUCAAUGGACGAGCGAGACGAAGGAGGAAGAGCACGCUGAACCCCGAAGAGCUCGAGUCUUUGAUUUGCGUGGAUGGGUGA